AUGAAAUUAAAUGAAUCCAACAAUGGUGGUGAUGGCUCCCCUCCAGAUUUUGAAUCCCCAACUCAAAUCGAAUCCAUAGCAUCGCAUCAACAAUGGUGUGUGUUCAUAGUCUCAGAGGCGACAGAGGAAGACUCGACACAGAUUCCCCGAUCCCACAAGGCGUACAAGCUUAAGCUGACUAAGAUGAAGAAUCCCGUCAGAGGAAAGGUUGGUGGCAGCUUUUAUGGCGGACCAGUUAGCAUCAGAUUUCCAGUGAGGGCGAGAAUGGACGUUAGGUACAGUAGUGGAAAGAAGUGGAGGCGGUGGCGGAGGAGAGACGAGUGGAUUCCUUAA